GGCCACUUGAAGACGCUUGGCUACACUAAAAAGUGGGACCUUGGAGCCUCGGUAACCGGGUAUAAGUGUUCUCUCCCACCAAAGUUGGACCCCUGUAACUACAAAUCCUAGCCAAAUCCUUUGCACUUUGCAGUUUACAGUUUUUAUAUGGGAAAACAAUUCCGGCCGUCCAAAAACUUGCACUUUGUGGGGUGUUUGCACUUCCAGGGGGUUGCACUUCCAGGGGUUUCUACUGUACAUCUACUAUGGUACGCAAUUCCAUUUCUCCACCUAGUCCAAUUCACUCAACCCACCUUCCUCUUCUGGUCGUCGAUCGCUUUGGCCGUUAUCUGUCUCACCACCAUGCAGUCCAUUGGGAUCACCUCGUCUCCAUUCCUCUGACCAACAUCCCAUCUCCAUGUUCCCAGAACCACCACCAUGGCCAUCAUAACAUCAUCUUUGUUCAACCUUCUCGAGGUCCAAUCCGAUUGCUUCAGUAGUAGACUUGCUCAUUACCAGUAGUGUACACACGUUGCAGCGACCGAGAAUCUCCUUCCAAUCGGAAAUCAUGAGCGAAGCCGCCGGCUUGCCUUGCUCUUCAACCAGGUCCUCCUCUACUCUGCCUUCCUCUCAGGGAAGAAAACAAAAAAAAAAAAAAAAAAAAAAAAAGAAAAGAAAAAAAGAAA